AUGUCUCGUCCUCUUUUGCAGAAGAUGGGCCGAUUCGUUGAGUUCAUCAAUUCAGGCGAUGAAACCAUAGGACAAGAAGUCGUCUCGGAAUCAGCCGUGUUCCAUGUUCCAUUUUCGGAUACCCCUCUGAAAGGAUUAGCUGGGUACAUGCAAAUUCUCGGCAUGAUGCGCUCCGCUUAUCCAGAUAUCCAGUGGACACUUGACGACACAGUCAUCGAGGAUGACAGAGUUGUAGCGCAGUUUACUCUGCGUGGAACUCAUGAAGGCGAAUUCUUCGGUGUUCCGGCUUCCGGAAAGAAAAUCCAGGCACGGGCUGUGAACAUUUACCGAUUUGCAGCUCGAAAGAUUGUUGAGGAGACCGGUUUGCCCGAUUUGUUUGGGAUAAUGCUGCAAAUUGGGGCUGUGAACCCUCCAGUUGCCCAUUAG